CUUUCAAUGAUCUAGUCAGCAAAGCAGUGGGAGAAGCGGCAUCUUAAAGUUUCACUCGGGCGGCCGAGAGAUAAAAACCGGGAGAAUGGUUGGAGUUAAUAAAUGCAUCAAGUAUUCCAUGUUCAUCUUCAACGUUUUGUUUUGGAUGUGUGGUUCAAUCAUACUUGGAGUGGCAGUAUGGCUUCGUGUGAGCAAAGAAGUGAAGAAGAUGAUAGACAUGGAAGAAUUUUACCCUGCUAUAAAUCUUCUGAUUACUGUUGGGUCUAUCAUAAUGGUGCUUGGAUUUCUUGGUUGUUGUGGAGCUAUUAAAGAAAGCAAAUGCAUGUUAAUUUUGUUCUUCAUCGGACUGCUUCUUAUUCUGACUCUGCAAAUAACUGCAGGUAUUCUAGGUGUUGUUUAUAAAUCUAAGAUUGCAUCAGUGUUAAAUGAAACAUAUUAUGAACUUAUCCCAUUAAAUAAGCAAGAAGAAAAAUUUAGGAAAGAGAUAGAAGAUUUCCAGGAGGAGAAACAGUGUUGUGGUCUGCUGCAUGGAUAUCAGGACUGGACAGAAGCAUCUAUUCCACCAUCCUGCAACUGUAAAGAUAAGCAGGCAUGUGUUAUAACAGAAAAUGGAAAAUCUGUUUGGGCUCAGCCCUGUAUCAGUGUCAUUAAUGACAUAUUGAAAGCAAACCUCAUUUUAAUAAUUGGCAUAGCCUUUGGACUGGUGGUAAUUGAGAUCUUUGGAUUGGCCCUCUCUAUGAUCCUGUAUUGCCAAAUCAAGAACAAGUGAAAACGAGAGUUUUCUUCAGUCAGUGCAUUAGUUCAUUACAGAUAUUUUGUCUUGGGCAUAUGACUCAUUCUUGUGCUUAAAUUGUAGUUUUGAAAUUCUGAUUAAUUUGAUUUAAACGUAGAAUGUAACUCAGCCAUUUAUGCUCCUCAUUCUAUCCUGUUGGUUUACUAUAUGUGCAUGUACAGAUGCAUCCUGCUAUCUUGCAAAGUGGUGUUACAGUUGAAAAUGAGGCCAUUCACUUCGUCUUAUUUGCAGGCUGAGCGAUUGUGAAGUGAACAGAACUUGCAGCCCUUAGGUUUAGUGUGCUCUUAAAAAACAAUUUUCUUGUAAUGUUGAAUUCUUCCACAGCGAAGAAGCUGUAUUUGAGUCAAAUAAAAGU